CCAAUCAGAGGCCCGCUGUAUUUGAACAUAGGGCGCUUACCAUAGCUCGAAAAAACGGACUGAUCGGCGCCCGUUUUCACUGUUCCUAAUUGUCUGUCUUUCACGGGCCAUUAGCAGCAUUGCAGAAAUGACUACGUGGAAGAGAAAUCCUUUGGUUCUAAGAACUUAUGGCAAGCACAAAACUAAGGUGGAGACGUGGUUGUCUCCUGAUGCCAGAAAGAAAGCUUUCUCAAGCACUUCUUCGUCCGAUCUGUCAUUCGGUGAGCUGAGCAACAUCAUAAACCUUCGACGGAAAAUGAAGAGAACCCAGUCUACUGCAUAUUCAAAGUCAACACGAAUAGCAAAGCAGAAGGCCCUGACAGCUUUGAGACUGAUCGACAGUGAUGAAGAGAAUUUUUUCAUCCCAGACACUUAUCACGGCCCUGGUGGUCAGAAAAGAAGCAGUAACCCGUCCACAAAGGGAAUUUCAAUCCAGACAAAAAGAAAGGGUCCGGUGACAUUACAUACUUCUGAAAGUGAAGAUGACAAGCCAAACAGAAGAAAGAAACCCAGAUUUGGAUCAGAACAAGGAAAGACAAGUGAGAACAUAAGUGAAAAAUGUGUGAAGUCUAGUAAUGUUGAAGGUCUACCUUCAGCCUCAGGAAAGUUUGUCACUGAUCGAAGAAGAAUGAAUUUAAAAAAAAAUAAUGGCGCAAAGGUAAAAAGAAUGAAGGCAAAACCAAAUGCCUGUAUCUUUAACAGCAGCCUUGAUUCAACUAAUAACUUUGUGAACAGCCCACACUUUCCUCCUCAACGUGUUGCUACAAGGAAAGCCUCUCAACAAAAAGAUGACAUGUUUUUGGACAGUGCAAGAUCUGAAAUUGACUGUGCAUUCUCAAACCUUACCCAUAUGGAAAAUCUUACAAAGAAUGUAUCAAUGUGCAGGACAGCUGAUGGAACAUCCAAAAGCUGUUAUAAAAAGCCCUUGCUGUCCAGUACCCCUUCUCUUUCACAUAAACUUAAUUACAGGCAUUGUGAUCCCUCUAUCAGUAAAAUAUCCUUCAACAACAAUGAUGAUGAAAAUGAUGCCUUAAGGUCCAAUGUGGAAUCUACAUUAAGCAAACCACCACAGUUACAAAUCUCAGAGCACGUAAGCCUUAGUGAAAUAGCUAGAGAGCUGCGUAACUCUCGGAAAAAUAGCACAAAUUCCCAGCACGGCAAGAAACUUUCUCAUGUGGAGAAUAGAGUUGAAGAUAAAGGUGAAACAACUCAUGGACGUCUAUUAGAAACCGAUUUUUCUGUAGAGUCCAGCCAAGACUGUAAUUUUGUGUCCGUUAACACUUCUAUAGAUUCUCUUGUCUCAAGUCUGAAAGAAUCAUGCAGAACCUUCAAGCCUAAUGUAUGUUUAGAAAGAAUUGAGGUCUCAAAUUUCCAUCUGAGUCACAUCUCAAAUGAGGGAGAAGUGUACUUCACAUCCAGUGAUUGUGAGAUGGAUUUUAGUUGCCAUCAGUCUGGAAGCAAAUUACAUGGUGCAGUGGAAUUAAGAAAGGAAGACUGUACUAAUAUGGGUAAUGCAUGUCAGACUGAAGUUAAUGAGGUAAAUAAUCAAGGAUUGGAGUUGGAGUUAAAUGAUUUUAAAAACAAAGAGAGCCCCUCUGUGGUAUACAUAUCAAAAUCCACUAAUUCAUUGUCAAACCGUGAGCUUCAAAGUGAAGGGGGAGAUGUUUUGGAGCCCUCCUAUAACUUAAACAGUGUUUCUGACUGUGACAAACGAGCAAAUGGACACCUAGUUACUGAAUACUGCAUGGACGUAUUUGCUGAAAUGGUACAAGAGGAUAGAAGUGAGCCUUGCCGAGGUAUUUUACCUCCAGUAGAUGAUUCCCAAAUACCAAGUGGUGGCUCUCUGUCAGUGGGAUCACCUGAGGCUGUUUUGAAGGAGAGAUGCAUUUCCCUACAGCCCACCGUAAAACUCAAAUGUCUCGACCUUUCGAAGUACGACUACAACAGCAGAGGCUCGCAAGCAGAAGAUGGCUUUGAUUCUACACCUAGGCACAGUUUUCGGGAGGAAGAAAAUUGCAUGGUGAAGGUGUCAGGUGUCGAGGCAGAGAUGUUGGUUGGUUGCUCUGGAGAGGAAGGAGUGGGACAUGAGCUGAACAGCAGGGACCAAAACUUACGGCUCCGCAGGCAAUUGAGUUCCAUGUUUACUUCAGGAACGGCUAGGGUGGAAAGUCUUCUCGAUUCUCCCCCCGGUGGUAAACGGGACGUUAGUACAUUGAGAGUUCAAGAGUCUGCCAAGGACAAGCAGGGGACGGGAAGAAAAGCCUGCGUCAGUGGGUUGAGUGUGAGCAGAUGGACCAAGAAAAGUCAUCAGGGACCUAAGCAAAGCCUUACAAAGUCACUCCUGUCAAAGACACAAGAUCACCCCUAUGAUUCCAGAUUUGGACUCAACAGGAAAUGUUUUGAUACGAUGAACAGCUGGUUGCACGGUACCAGUGAUCUGUUUCCUGGAACAUCGAUGCACUCGGAGUCCAUGAACGUAUCAACGUUUUUGGCCGGCCUGGGUCCAGAUUGCCUGACCACUCACACCUGGAGCAGACUUAAAGCAGCUCUGUCAGUUCAUAAGAAGAAGAAGGCCUUUCUCACACCCAAAAGGCAGCUUCUUUCCCACAACCAGUCCAGUGAGUCUGAGUUGUUGGACGUGAGCAGCGAUUUUCUGACUGCUGGGUGUUCCCCACACUCUACCCUCGUGAUGUCGCGCCUGCUGAAAAGUCCAGAGGGCCCCCAUUUGGACAUCACAGAUGCAGAAAAAGUUUACCAAGAGUGCCAGCAGGAAGGCCCAAUUACUUUUGAAGAGUGCAUUACACCUCAAAGAAUGAAGCGGUGCAAGAAGAUCGGUGAGGGUACAUUUGGAGAAGUGUUUUCAACCAUCGGGGACUCCAUGGAAACUGUGGCGUUGAAGAUAAUUCCCAUUGAGGGUAACCAGAAAGUGAAUGGAGAAGACCAGAAGACAUUUGGUGAAGUGCUUCACGAAAUAAUUAUUUCAAAAGAGCUUAGUAGCCUGGAUGAACGAGAAGCAAACCAAACAAAAGGUUUUAUAGGACUGAAAAACCUACACUGUGUGCGUGGAUCUUACCCUGAGUUACUCCUGAAAGCCUGGGACAAGUUUCACAAGCAGAGAGUAUCGGAGAAUGAUCGUCCUGAUUUCUUUGGGGAGGAUCAGAUCUUUGUCAUCCUGGAAUUUGAAUUUGGUGGUAGCGAUCUGGAGAGCAUGAACGGCAAGAUUUCGUCUAUGGCUCAUGCAAAAAGCAUUCUGCACCAGGUCAUUGCUGCUCUUGCUGUAGCUGAACAAGCCCUGUGUUUUGAGCACAGGGAUUUGCACUGGGGUAAUAUCCUAGUGAAGAGCACCAAGGAAAAGGAAUGGACGUUCAUGCUGAACGAGGUGCCACACACAAUUGAAACCAAAGGUGUCCUUGUCAACAUCAUUGACUACUCCUUAUCAAGACUUGAAAUAGAUGAUCUGACGGUCUCCUGUGACAUUUCUGCUGAUGAGGAACUCUUUAUGGGGACGGGUGACUAUCAGUUUGACAUUUAUCGCAAGAUGCGGGAGGAGAACAACAAUAGCUGGAAUGAAUAUAACCCACAUACAAAUGUGCUGUGGCUCCAUUACCUGGUGGACAAACUGCUUUCCAUGAAAUACCAGCAGAAGACACUUUCAAAACCCAUGAAGGACCUGAAGAAACGCCUAACUGGUUUCUAUAAUGAGGUGCUGGGAUUCAACUCUGCAACUAAUGUCUUAGAAUGCUGCAGUCUGUUUCAGUGACACUGUUGUCCUCUUCAAUUGUACAUUUGGUUUUUCCUCAGCUCAAGGUUUAGAUAUCUGUAAUAUAAAUGUUUUGAAGAAAAUACAUUUUAUACUAUAAA